AUGCAUCCAGUCAUCUUCAUCCUCAUCCUCAUCCUUUUCUUCUUUUCCACCGGCGGUACCAACCCCAUUAACGUUACCACCUACACUAUUUUGCUGGCCGGCGAAAGCAACAUGGCCGGUAGAGGCGGUGUGAACGGCACGUGGGACCGCUUCAUCCCACCCGAGUCCCUGCCGGCCAACCCGGACUCGGUCAUCCGACUAAGCCCCGAGCUGAGGUGGGAGCCCGCGACCGAGCCUCUGCACCACAGCAUCGACAUCACCGUCGACCAAGACCACCUCGGCAUCGGCCCUGGGAUGGCGUUCGCCACCGCCCUCCUCCGACGUGUCGACCCCUCCAACACCGGCACUGCCACCGUGGCCCUCGUCCCGGCCGCCAUGGGAGACUCCGGAAUCCUCCGGUGGCAGAGCGGCAACAGCAGCGCCGUAUACCUCAACCUGCUUGUCAGGGCCGAGGCGGCCGCGCUGUCGUUCGGCCCCAUAGCCGGGAUGUUGUGGUAUCAGGGGGAAUCCGACACGGUCUCCCCUCAGCUUGCCGCCGCGUACGGGCCCCGUCUACGGGAUUUCUUCAACUCCAUCCGAGCCGACCUCGCAAUGCCGCAACUCCCGAUCAUCCAGGUGGCCUUGGCCUCGGGGAUUUUAAACCGGACUGCUCCAGCCGACCUUGAGACUGUUCGGUCGGCUCAGCUGGGCCUCCGGAUGGCGCGUGUCCGGUGUGUGGACGCCAUGGGGCUCAAGCUGGAGUCCAACGACACACACCUGACCACUGCAGCCCAGGUGAAGCUGGGCCAGCUGAUGGCGGACGCCUUCCUCCAGCCCUGGUGA